CGUUUAAAGGAAAGAAGACAAGUGUCACCAAAAAAAUCAAGAUUUUUUAAAGAAGCGAUAUUUUAUCAAGAGAAAAAACCAGAGAAAUAUUCAAAGUGAAAGAAAUUGAGAGAAGACCACAUUUAAAAAAAAAAAAUUAUCAAAAAAAUUGCUGAACAAAUGUUAGUCAGCCCAGACAAAGAAACAGUUGAAAGAGAGCGUUGCUACUUUGGGUAGUGACCUUUAAACAAAGAACAAAAAAAACAAUUAAAAACAUUUCAUUAAUGAAAAUAUAAACCAAACAUUAUACAAAAAAUUAUCAUAAAGACAUUCUUUAAAAAUAAAAAAAAUAUUUUUUAAAUAAGUUAUACAAAAAAAGUGGUGUAAAUAAAGCAAAAAAUAGCAUUCACAAUCUUAUUGCAUAAAAAAAAAUAAAUAAAAAAUAUUAGAAAAAGUGUAUAGAUUAAAGGGAAAAGUACUAAAAAUAUAUACAAAAUUUUCGUGAAACCUGCCAAGUCAUUAUGAUGACCGAAACCAUGAACACAAACCACAUCAAUAAACAGAAAUUGAAUGUCUUUGAUAUUCUUUCAAGUAGCGAAGUCAGAAUGGACGACCCCGGAUGGAAAGCCAAACUCAAGAUACCACCAAAGGACACCAGAAUUAAAACAAGUGAUGUGACAGAUACUCGGGGCAACGAAUUUGAAGAAUUUUGUCUAAAACGCGAACUGCUAAUGGGAAUUUUCGAAAAGGGCUGGGAAAAGCCGUCGCCAAUUCAGGAAGCCGCCAUCCCCAUCGCCUUAGGUGGUCGCGAUAUCUUGGCACGUGCCAAAAACGGCACCGGCAAAACAGGUGCCUACAGUAUCCCCGUGCUCGAGCAAGUAGACCCCACAAAAGACUACAUACAGGCCCUCAUAAUUGUGCCGACGCGCGAAUUGGCCCUGCAAACGUCACAAAUCUGCAUCGAGCUGGCAAAACACAUGGAAAUCCGCGUGAUGGUCACCACGGGCGGCACCAAUCUCAAAGACGACAUUAUGCGGAUCUACCAAAAGGUUCAGGUAAUUAUCGCGACGCCGGGGCGCAUUCUCGAUCUCAUGGACAAGGAUGUCGCCAACAUGUCAAAUUGCCGCAUUCUCGUGCUCGACGAGGCCGACAAGCUGUUGUCGCAGGACUUCAAGGGCAUGCUGGAUCAUGUUAUCUUGAAGUUGCCGCGCGAACGACAAAUUCUGUUGUUUUCCGCAACAUUCCCCAUCAGCGUCAAGAACUUCAUGGAAAAGCACUUGCGGGACCCGUACGAGAUUAACUUGAUGGAGGAGCUCACGCUGAAGGGCGUCACGCAGUACUAUGCGUUCGUGCAGGAACGCCAAAAGGUCCAUUGCCUCAAUACGCUUUUCUCCAAGUUGCAAAUCAAUCAGUCGAUCAUUUUCUGCAACUCGACGCAACGUGUCGAGCUGUUGGCGAAGAAAAUCACCGAGCUCGGCUACUGCUGCUACUACAUCCACGCGAAAAUGGCACAAGCGCACCGGAAUCGCGUUUUCCACGAUUUCCGAAGCGGCCUUUGUCGCAACUUGGUAUGCUCAGAUCUGUUUACGCGCGGUAUCGAUGUGCAGGCUGUGAAUGUCGUUAUCAACUUUGACUUCCCCAAAAUGGCAGAAACUUACUUGCAUCGUAUCGGUCGCUCAGGACGUUUUGGACAUUUAGGUAUUGCCAUCAAUCUAAUUACCUAUGAAGACAGAUUUGAUCUGCAUCGUAUCGAGAAGGAGCUUGGCACUGAAAUUAAGCCAAUACCAAAAGUAAUUGACCCCGCUUUAUAUGUUCCUAAUGCCGACAGCAAUUCGAGUAAAGAUGGAGAGGAGCAAGGCAACGUCAGUAAAUAAAAGUCAAAAUCUACAAAAAAUUACAACAACAACAACAUCUAUAACAACAACAACAGUCAAUAAUGUAAAAAAAAAUAACAACAUCGAUUGUAAAUUUUUCGCGUCGCAUCACAGUCAUAUAAAAAUGUGAUAACAGCGACACCACACUGUACUGUACGUAUGUAAGAUUUUUAUUAUAACUCAUAUAUAAUGCAUAAUUAUUUUAUCAAAGACAUGAACUUUACAAAUAAUUGUGCGUCGCACAUAUUAAGAAAAAAAAAACAAAAAUUAACCGAAAGAAGUCCUUGAAAAAUUGAAGAAAAAACAAGAAAAUUUGUAAAAAAUUAAUUUGGACUCUUUCUAGAAGAAAAUCUGUGAAAAUAAGUCAUAAAGUUGCUUUUCUCUUCAACAUUUUUUUUUGUUACGUAUGAAAUCCGUUUUUAAUAUUAACAAGCAAUAUGUUAAAUUUUUUCCUUAAUUUUUCUCAAAAACAAGUAGAUUCAAACAAUUUUUGUGAAUUUUAUGAAAAUUAUUAAUUUUUUUUAAAUUACCUCACUUUUUGUAGCAAAUAACAUCAAUAAUAAUAAAAUAACAAAUAAAGCAUGAACUGUAGAACUCCGAAAAAAACAAAAAUUUACAUAAUAGCGUUGUAAUUAUUUGACAAAGCUGUAAAAAAAAUAAAUAAUUAAAGAAAAAAUGGAAAAGGAGCAAGAUGAAUGACCAAAAUUUGUACAUAAAUUAUAAGGAGGGAAAUAAAUUUAGAAUUUUUGAUCACUUUGUCAUAUGGUUAUGGUCUUAUUAUGUACUUCAAAGUAUAUAGACGAAAAAUGCUUUAACAAAAAAUGAAAUAAACAAAGAAAAUUAUGUGAAAUGUAUAAAAAAAACCAACAGAUUUAUGUAAAAAAAUCAACUUUAAUG